UAAAGGGUUAUAUUGGAGAUCGAAGAGGCGGAGCAAAGAAGCGCAUGCGCAGUUAGAUAUUUUUGAUACUUAGACUGGGUCUCCUAUAUGAUCUAAACGGAGGCACGGCUGCAGUCUCGCGCGAAGUGUAUAGUCGAAUAACGACUGACUGGUGUGUGUGCCCCCAGUCCUCUUUACUUCUCUCGCUUCUGUUAGCCCUUGCGUUGCCAGAGUCUAUCAGUCGCGUUUGUAUGAGAAAUGGAGCUCGAGCAACCAACAACGCAGUCGAAUUCCGACUCAGAAAAAAAGAUCAAGGAAAACAGCAAUGUGACUGGGAAUCAUAGUGAUGCUCAUAUAAAUGGUAUGUCAAAUGGAUUUGAUAAAAAGAGGGAACACAAAUCCGAACAUAGGGAUAAAGACAAGGAACGUUCUCAUAAAUCAGAUCAUAAGGACAAAGAGAGAAGCAAAGAGAAAGAAAGAAACCAUAAAAGUGAGCACAGGGAUAAGGAAAAAGACAGACAUAAACAUAGUUCCAGUUCUAUUAGAGAAAAGGAUAAGCAUGAUAGUAGCAAUAGUGCUAAAGAUAAAGACAAGGAUAGAAAAAGUAGCUCAUCAUCGAGCAAGGAUAAAGAACAUAAAAGUACCAGUUCCUCAAGCAAAGAUAAAGAAAAGGAUAAAAGCAAGGAUAAAGAACAUCAUCAUAAAUCUAGUUCUAGUUCUAGUUCUAAGGAUAAAGACAGGCAUCAUAGUAGUUCCAAGGAUAAAGAAAGCAAAGAGAAAGACAAAGAUAAAAGCAAGGACAAGGACAAAUAUAAGCAUAGUUUAAGUUCAAGUUCUAGGGACAAAGAUAAAAGUAUUUCUAAAGACAAAGAUAAAGAAAGAAAACAUUCAUUGGAGAAGGACAAGGAAAGACAUUCCACAUCUCAUUCAAAUGACAAAGAAAAACAUCGUUCUUCUGAAAAAGACAAAGACAAACAUAGUUUGUCAAAUAAAGAUAAACAUCGUCAUGAUAAAGAAAAAGAUCGACAUCGUCAUGACAAAGAAAAAUCUAAACACAGAGAAGAUAAAGAUAAGAAGGACAAGGAAAAGGAAGAAAUUAAGGUAAAAGAGGAAAUACUUGAUAUAAAACCAAAUCACAUAGGAAAUGAAGAAUUUCAAUAUGAUGUUGGUCAAACCCUGAAGCAUGAAGUAAAAGAAGAACCUGUAUCACAAAUUGAGCCAGAAGAUGAUGAUGACAGUGGCGGGGAACAACCAUUAUAUAUUAAAGAAGAUGAAGAUGAAGAGGAACCUGUUAAUGAAGAAGAAGGUAGUAUGGAUUCAACUGAUGGAAAUGAUACAAGACUUUCAGAUCUUCAUAAUACAACUAUUAAAACUGAGGAAGAAUCAGAUGAAGAUAUGCCAUUAAGUGCAAGAUCUAUGGCUCCCACAAGUAUUAAAAGAAGUAUAGACUCAGAGGAAGAGGAGGAUGUUCCACUCUCAGCACGUAAAAAAUCUAAGAAGAAUGAUACAAAAAUAAAGAAAAAGAAACGAAAAUACGAAGAUGACGAGGAUGAAGAUGAAAUUGAACAAAAACCAAAGAAAAAAGGUGCAAGGACAUCAAAGGGUGAAAAUUCAAGUCCAAGAAAGAAGAAACAAGAAGAAGAACAAGAAGUUUGGAAAUGGUGGGAAGAAGAAAAAAAAAGUGAUGGAACAAAAUGGACAUUUUUAGAACAUAAAGGGCCAGUAUUUGCACCUGCAUAUGAACCACUUCCACCUGAUGUAAAUUUUUACUAUAAUGGUAAAGAAAUGAAAUUAAGUCAAGAUGCAGAGGAAGUUGCAACAUUUUAUGCACGCAUGUUAGAUCACGAUUAUACUACAAAACCUGCAUUUAAUAGUAACUUUUUUCAUGAUUGGAGAGAAGUAAUGACUGAAUCAGAGAGGACUAAAAUAGUUGACUUAAGUAAGUGCAAUUUUAAAGAAAUGCAUGCAUAUUUUGUUCAAAAAAGUGAAGAGCGAAAAGCAAUGACAAAAGAAGAGAAGCAAAAAAUAAAAGAAAAGAAUGAAGAAAUCCAAAAAGAAUAUGGUUUUUGUACUAUUGAUGGACAUAAAGAAAAAAUAGGUAAUUUCAAAAUUGAACCUCCUGGUUUAUUUAGAGGGCGGGGUGAACAUCCUAAAAUGGGCAAAUUGAAAAGAAGAGUUAUGCCUGAAGAUAUUCUUAUCAAUUGUUCCAAAGAUUCCAAUAUACCAAAGCCACCAUCAGGCCAUAAAUGGAAGGAAAUUCGGCACGAUCCGAAUGUUACAUGGCUUGCAUCUUGGACAGAAAAUAUUCAAGGACAAGUAAAAUAUGUUAUGCUCAAUCCAUCAAGCAAACUUAAAGGAGAAAAAGAUUGGCAAAAGUAUGAGACUGCUAGGAAAUUAGCGCAAUUGAUAGAUAAAAUUCGUGCUGAAUAUAGAGAAGAUUGGAAGAGUAAGGAAAUGCGUAUAAGACAAAGAGCUGUUGCAUUGUACUUUAUAGAUAAGUUAGCUCUCAGAGCUGGUAAUGAAAAAGAUGAAGAUCAAGCAGAUACUGUAGGUUGUUGCUCUUUGCGAGUUGAACAUAUUACAUUACAUGAACAAAAGGAUGGGAAGGAAUAUGUAGUUGUAUUUGAUUUCUUAGGUAAGGAUUCUAUAAGGUAUUACAAUGAAGUGCCAGUAGAGAAAAGAGUAUUUAAAAAUUUACAACUUUUUAUGGAAAAUAAAUCACCAAGUGAUGAUUUAUUUGAUCGUCUUAAUACAAGUGUUAUGAAUAAACAUUUAAAUGAGUUGAUGGAAGGUCUCACUGCUAAAGUAUUCAGAACAUAUAAUGCUUCAUGGACAUUACAGCAACAAUUAGAUAAAUUGACAAAUCCUGAUGAUACAGAAGCAGAAAAGAUUUUAUCGUAUAAUAGGGCAAAUCGAGCUGUUGCAAUACUAUGUAAUCAUCAACGUUCAGUGCCUAAAACACAUGCAAAAUCGAUGGAAAAUCUUAAGGCAAAAAUAGAAGCUAAGAAACAAGCUAUUAGUGAUGCAGAACUUGCUGUAAAGGAUGCUAAACGUGAUGCGAAACACGGUUCUGUUAAAGAAAAAGUUGUAUAUGAAAAGAAGAAAAAGACCCUUGAUAAAUUAAAAGAGCAGUUAACAAAAUUGGAGGUCCAAGCAACAGACAAGGAGGAAAAUAAGGAAAUUGCAUUAGGCACUUCCAAAUUGAAUUAUCUUGAUCCUAGAAUUACUGUUGCAUGGUGUAAAAAACAUAACGUCCCUAUCGAGAAGAUCUAUAAUAAAACUCAGAGGGAUAAAUUCAGAUGGGCAAUAGACAUGGCAGGACCUGACUAUGUAUUUUAACCCCAUAGAAGAUUGAUUAUUACAAAAAAUAACUCCCACUAAUUGUAUUUAGUGAAAUUUUCGUUAAAAUUAUCGGGAGAAAAGUAACGGUAUAAUUUUCUAUAUUUACAAAAAAUAAAUGUGAGAGUGUG